UCAAAACCAGCUACAAACAACUCCUUUUUUCACCCUCCAAAUUAAAAAGAAAAAAAAGUGUAACAUUUCUUAAUAUUUCAAGAAAACAUGGUGUUUCUACCAACAAAAAGAGAAAGAGAAGAAGAAGAUUUCCACAGCAUAAAAACCAUGGCAAAUUGCUUGAUGUUAUUCUCAAACCAAUCAAAUGAUUAUCAUUUUGACAAUAUUAUGAAGUACAACAACUCAACAACUAAUCGAGUUUUCGAGUGCAAGACUUGCAAUCGCCAGUUUUCAUCUUUUCAAGCAUUAGGUGGCCAUAGGGCAAGUCACAAGAAGCCAAGAUUAAAUAUGAGAGAAUUGAAUAACUUGCAAUUAUUUCAGUUACCUAAUAUUAAACCUAAAACACAUGAGUGUUCCAUUUGUGGGCUUGAGUUUGCCUUAGGACAAGCUUUAGGAGGGCAUAUGAGAAGACAUAGAGUUGUAAUAACAACAACAACGACGACGACGACGACGGCGGAGGCUCAGUCUCAAACAAGUUGGACUCGGCUAAAUGAAUUCUCAAGGCAUCAAGCUUUGAUGAAUAAUGAAAAUCUUGAUCAAGCUCCUAAUCGCCGAGUUCCUGUUGUUAAGAAAUUGAAUGGUCAGAGAGUUUUGUGUUUGGAUUUGAACUUGACGCCAUUGGAAAAUGAUCACUUAGAGUUUAAUUUAGGUGCAGAUUGUUUUUUAUGAUUGAACUUUCAAUUUUCUUCUGAUCUUCUUAUGGGUAUUGUGUUUAUUUAUCUGUUUGGUUGGUGUAAAUUGUUCUUCCUACAUAUAUUCCUUCAAUUUUUCCCCUGCUCAUUUUGGUUCCUUUCCUAUAUAUGAUAUGGAGAUAUAUUUGAAACACAAUACAAUUCUGUGUA